AUGCUGGACGACGGUGCACAUUGCGAGGAUGACCGCCUUAGGAGGGCCCUCCGCAGCAGUGGCCUCGGUCACCACGCUCCCGUCGCCUCCUCCACUACGAUGAAGACCGCUACAGCCGAUGUUCCUCGCGCGCGGAGCGGCAGCGGGGCGGCGGAAGGCGGCGCGGCCGCGGAGGACUCAAUAGUCCUGGGUGCGGGAGAAGGAGGAGGAACCUACCAUUGGCUAACCAAAGGUGGACUGAACUCCGGCGUGGGUAGGCCCACCCGGCAUCACCGCGUGCCCGUGGGGCGCGAACGCAGGCCGUUGCAACGUUCUUCCGCGCUCGCCGGCAGAAGCGGCGCGCCUCCUCCGACCGGCCAGCAACCAACCGAGCCCCCUGCCCAGCAGAGCGCGGGUGACAGCAGUACGCCCUCUGCUGCAGACCUGAGCCCAGGCUAUUCCUUCCCAAGAAGCAGUUCAGCGGAUAGUAUGCUCGCGACGACCUCGUCGUUGGCGACGGGCCCAUCGGCAUCGUACACGUCGGCGGUGGCCAUGUCGCCGGCCACGAGGAAGCGCGGCGGCGGGAAGUCGUCGCGCGGCGGUCUCGGCAUUCGGAGGGGGGGAAGCAGCGGCGGCGGCGGCAGCAGCGGGGCAGGCUGUGAGGACGAGGAGGACGAGGAGGACGAGGAGGAGGAUAGGAGAAUAUCUUUCCGCGACGCUACCCUGGUUGCUUGGUUGAAUUCGGUUCUGUUUGCACAUGACGACGAGGGAAGCAGCACUACCAGCAGCCGCCGCGCUUCUCCUUCGGGGUCGCCCAACGCUCGCCAGCAGCAGCAGCACCUGCAGCAGCAACGUCCGCCGGGCCACAAGCGCCUGCGCUCCCUGUCCGAGCUGAAGCAGCACCAGCUGCUGGCCCUCUCCGUGCGGAAGAUCUCGGGCGCCGACAAAGACUGCGAUGCCGCCGCCGCCGCCGCCGCUUUAAGCAAGGGCGGCGGCGCCGCUGCCUCUCCGAAGUCGGCGAGUUCGGGCAGCGGUGAGCUCUUCCCCACGGAGAUGUCGAUCUCGACGGGGUCGAGCAGCGACUUCGAGGACAGUAGCGGCUUCGGCAGCGGCGACGCGGAGGCGGGGGUGGGGGGCGGCGGCGGCGGCGGCGGGAGCAGAGCUCGGGGGAGCCAUCCCGGGCAGGGCUUGCGGACGAGGGGGAAGUGGAAAAGAUCGGAUGGCGCCGCGGGUGGCAGGGUCGUCACGAAGAAUAGACCUCUCCGGAACAUGAUACGGCUGCUGCCGACCGGUCGCAAGUCGGGCACUUCGAGGGCGGGCGCGGCGAGGCGCAUCAAGCAAGACGUCGCUCUGCUGCUGUCUGGACGCUGCGCCAUGGACGGGGCUACCCCAAAGAUCCCGGGGCACAUGGCGGCAGAGGUGGACAAGGCGUGCGCCGGAGACGUGAAUGCGGUCCGAAACCUGCUGAGCAUGCUCAAGGACAACCAUUCCAUGCUGACGCUCGCCAGGGCCGAGAACGGCCAGGGGCUGCGCCGUGGGGCUUCUUCCUGUGAUCCGGCGCCGAGAUGCUCGACUACUGCCUCCGUAUCGCCGCCGGUGGGCGGCGGAAGAGAUUCGGCCGGGGCUUCCGCGUCCGCGGUACCGCCGAAACCGGUAAUUCCGGCGUGCUUUGCCCACACGGGCGGCACCGGUGCGCCACCCGCGGACGCCGCUACUUCGGCGAACGAUGUCGUUCCUCCCGAGAGGAGCCCCUCGGAGCCGCCGCCGCCGGCGACGGACGCAAUGGCACCCGCCGCCGAUCCGGCACCCGCAACGCCUGACCUUCCCUCGACGAGACCCGACGGGAUAGCAAGCAAGAGACGGAGCGUGGGCGGCGGCGGCCGAAUAUCGUCUUCGCGGCCGGCGUUGCCGCCGUCGUUCUUGGUGGCCCGCAAGGAAGGCGCAUCUUCCGACGAGGACCCUCCAGCCAUCGAAGGGGCGAAAGUGGUCGUCGCUGGCGGAGGCGGCGGCGUUGACGUCGGGGCGGCUCCCGCCGCUCGGGGGCGGCAUCACGCGGUGUCUAGGGCUCCGCGCUCCUGGAAGCCGGUGCCGUCGGCACGCGAGUCGUCGUCGCUGCCGCCGAAGGCCUCGCGCUCCUCUCUCUCCCGACUGGCGCCGGUCGAUGAGCCGUCGCAGCCGCCGACGCCUGUCGAACCGGCGCAGGCCGCUCGAGUUGCGAAGAUAUUGGCGUCCGACUCUAGAGGGUCGCCCCCGCCGGCGCCGGCGCCGCCGGCUGCAGCUGGUACAGCGGCAGAAGUGGCGUCACCGCCGCAAGCGGCACCCCUUGGGGGUCAGGCGCGCGGCGCCCCCUCUUCGUCACCCGGCAGCACGCCCGCAACUGAAGAUUGGGCGAAGGCGUUGGCGUGGAGAUCAUCCACCCCUACCCGCCUGGCGUCGAGGCAGCGGACCUUUGAGACGCCGCUGCGGGGCAACAAGUACGCCACCACGAGCUCGCCGCGGAGAGGUCGCGCCGUGUCGCUACAGGCGCCGGGGCUGCUGCAGACUCUUCCGCCCGAGAUAGCGAAGAAUAGCUCGAUGCCGGCGCUGCUUCCCUCCGUGCCGGUGAAGCCGCCGCCCCCGGUGGUGGUUACGUCGAUGUCGUCGUCUUCGCUUGCUCCUCCGUCCGUCACGCCGGCGGCGCCGGCUACCGCUGCUCGCCCUCCUUCUGCUGGCAUCGCUUCCGAUGCUUCCGCUCGUCGAUCCCAACUCGUCGCCGCCGAGGGUGCCGGCGGCCAUUCGACCGCCGCCGCUCCCCCGAAGGGCCGGGCACGACGCGGGAACAAGGGGAGGGCCAAGGGUGCACCGACGACGGCGGCGGCGGCGGCGGCUGCUGCUGCUGCUGCUGGUGGUGUAAUGGCGGAGGGGGCAACGACGACGGAGGAAGCUCCUGCUGUGACCGUCGCUGCCACAGCUGCACCGAGAGAAGUAGAGAAUGGGGCGGCCACAACUGUACCAAGAAAGCACGACAGGGCGGCAGCAUUAGUGGCGGCGGUAGUGGCGGCGAAGGCACGAGGCGGGGGGGUGGGGGUAUUGCCGCCGAAUCGUUCCGGCGAGCAGCCUCGGAACCAGCCGCCGCCAACGGCGGGCGGAUCUGCCGCUGCCCGGCGGACGACGGGUGGCGGGGGUUGCGCCAGAGAGGCUGCGGUCAAGCCCAGAGCGCCGUUUGCCACGGCCACCUCCACGGAAGUCGAGGCGGACGCCGGGCAGUCUUGCGCGGAGGUCGACGGGGCCGUCCACAAGAGCCGGUCGCUGCGGGCAGGGGGAGAAUCGGCGGGAGGUGCUUUGGCUCUGGCUACGGUUCGGGUGGGCGCGAGCGACCGCGAUCCGGCGGCGGCGGCGGCGGCGGCGUUUUCGGCUGCUGUGGUACCAUCGACUGAGGGUCAGGAGGAGGAAGGGGAGGCGUCAGAGGUGGAAGCCACAGCCGCACUCCCAGUCUCUUGGGGGAGUGAAAGACUGCUGAUACCGACGCAGCUGCCGCUGCUGCCGAGCGGUACCGUCAACGGCGGCGGUGCACGUGCCGACGGGAAUGCUCACGAGAGUCCCUCGGCUCCGGACGAGAGCCCGGAAGCGGCGGCGGCGCUGGCGCCUGCUGCUGCGGCAGCGGCGGUGCCAGUGGCAGCACCGGAAAACGCUCGCGGUGCUGCUGUCGGGCAAGACAGUAGUCGUCAAGGUCAAGCACUUGCACCGGCGGCGUUGGACACGGAGCAGGAGACCCUUCGCCGCACGGGGAAGCAGGAGGAGGGAGAGGCGGAGGAGUUGCUGAUGUGUGGCGGGUCGCCGGCGGAGGCGUUCGGCUCGCGGUGCCCAGCCGGCGUGUGCCUGGUGGUGGAGUUCCUGGGUAGCGUGGAGAGCGUGCCGACGGCGAUGCUGGUUUCUUCUUCGUGGAAGACGGCGGUCUUGUCCGACCAACAACGCCUGUACAAGGGGAUCGUGCGCCGGGCGGGGGUGACCCCUCUCUGGAGGGCAGGCUUCUGGGAGUUCAUGAUUCUGCGCAGCAACAGAGCUUGCGCCGCCGCGAGACAGAAGGCGGGCACCGACGGGGACGCUCUCGGGGCGUCCCCUCCUGCGGAAAGCGCCACCGACAGCAGCGACGGCGGGGCCGCGGCUGCGUCUUCGAGUCCCCAAUUCAGCCUCGCGGAGCUGGCGCGCCAGGGUAUGGACUCCGAGUGGGCCAAGGCAAUCGAUGCGGACGUCGCUCGUACCUUUGGCGAGCGGCCGAUGUCUUUCCGGAGAGAGUUUGGGAGCAUGACACGGCAGGACUCUCGUCGACGCCACUGGUGGCCGGAGAGCUUGGGCGGGGCUCCCCUUGGCGCUAGGACACCGCGGGCGCUCCAAACGCAGUCCGCAGAGGGAACCAGCGGCGGCGGUGGCGGCGGCGGCGCAACCACCCAGAAGGAGUGGGAGGUGGUCGAUGGCCCCCCCUCCUCCAUCUCGACCUCCAACACCAUCACAACUGGCGGUGAGGGGCGAUCGCUAGAAGAAGGAGCGCCUCGCGUAGGCGGCGGGGCUGUAUCGUCUGCGGGGAUGCUGCACCAGGCGGCGGAGGCCAACGGGCUGAUGGGAGGGAACCGUUUCCCGCACUCGGAACUGGAUGAGGAGCAGAGGCAAGUGGGUGGAGGGCCCGAGGACGUGAUGCCUUCGGCGGGGUGGGGGAAGGAGGGACCGGCGGGAGGGGGCUACGAAGAGGGCAUGUUCCCGACGGUGACCACUAUUCUGGCGAGCAACACCACGAGCGUCAUCGGCAGGUCGACGUCUUCCAUCUCCAACCCGACGAGGGGCUUCUCCACCUUGUCGCCGCUCAGCUCCGCGGCGUCGAACUUAUCCUACAAGGGUGACCGCGGCGAGAGGUCGCCGCUCCCCAGCCCCGCCAUGAUCCGGCAGUUGGAGCUCGUGAAGGGGCAGCUGACGGACGCGCUGAGGGCGCUCGCGGUGUCGUUCGGGGAGGUUGGGUACUGCCAAGGCCUCGACUACGUGGUGGCCCACCUGAUCAAGUGCCUCGGGACCGACUGCCACCGUGGAUUCGCGUCGGACCCGGAUCGGGUGUUCAGGGUGAUCUUGGGCCUCUUCCGGGACUACGGCCUGGAGCACAUCUACAGCGAGGACCUUGAGACUCUUCAGCUGAUGCUUGGGGUGCUGGACCACCUGAUCGAGACCAGGUUGCCUCGGCUCCACAAGCACUUCCGAGAGCAGGACGUGGAUGUGACGUUCUUUGCCGUGGGGUGGUUCCAGACGUUGUUUCUGUACAACUCGCGGAUGCCCUCCGACACGCUGCUGUGGCUGUGGGACAACUGGGUCACGGAACGAUCGUACAAGGUGUUCUUCCGGGCCGCGCUGGCUAUCCUCAAGCUGUCGGAGCUAACCCUCCUGCAGCUCGACCUGGAGUCCAUCAUGACCUACCUCAGCCAGUUCCCGCACGAGAGCGUGUGGGUGCUGGAGAAGGAGAACCUCGUGCCGACGGCCCUUUCCAUCAAGAUCACCGAUGCGAUGCUGAGGAAGGUGCAGCGCAAGCUGGAUCUCGACAAGGAGAGGGGCGCCAGCGGCGUGGGGUGGACGCGAGCGCGGCCGGAGGAAAUCGCCGACUCUGCCGACGACCCCGUUGGCUCGGACGACGGCGACGGCGGUGGUGAUCGCUCUCUCGCGAGGGAGCGAGCGCGGCACCGGCGCCACGAGGGCAUCCACGGCAGCGGCGCCCCUCCCGUCCAGGCCGCCCUCCGCGCCACCGGCGAUAUUUGUGCCCGUGGUGGUAGGAGCAGGAGCGCCGCGGCCGCGGCCGCCGCCGCCGCCGCUGCUGCUAGCAGCAGCCGCGGUGCGGUUGCCCUUGAAGCGAUUUGCGGGCACUCGUUUAGCCACGCCGACGGCAGGGACGAAAGCAGCAGCAGCGGCGGUAGCGCCGGGGGCUCCGCGGCGGCGGCGGGUCUCGGGCCCGGCGUGGGGGUCGACAUGACGGAGCUGAAGGCCGUCGGCGGCGGCAGCGGCGGCUCCGGAAAGGUUGAGGGGGGUCCCGCGGAGAGGCGCCACAAGGGCUGGGCCCCGACCGCCAGCCCCUGCAUCUUCGGCUACCACAGCACGGACGCGGGCACGAUCUCGCCCACAGGCGGCGCUCGCCGUCGCCGUGACCUGUCCGUCAGCGACACCCUCGACGGUGACGAGGAGCCACCCGCCGGUCCUUCGAAGGUCCCGCCCUUGCGCGGCUGGGAGUCUUCGUCCUCCUCGCCGUCCCCGCCGCCGCUGCCAAGCCGACCGCUGGAGCCAACCGCCGACGGCCGCCACGGCGGGCUCGAACGGCCGUCGCACGUGUGGCCGAGGCCUGUCGAUGCUGCCAAGGCCGGCCGGAAACCGGACCUUGACGAUGACUCGGACGGCGAGUCUAUGCCGCAAAUGGUCCCGCUCCACCGGUUGCCGAGCAUCGGCACCGGCAGUGGCGACGGGCCGGCUGCGGCGGGGGCGCGGUCGCGCCAGAGCCUCUGUGCAGCCGCGAAGAAGCGCGGGGAGUCCGCGGCGACGGCGGCGGCGCACAAGCCCAAGAAGAAGCUGGGGGGCAAGGCGGAGUACGCCAUGCUGCCCUUGGCCAGUGCCGAGUAG